AAAAGUUUGAACCUCUUUCUCUGGCCAUUUAUCUAAGAGAGAAAACUCCGAUUCUAACCCAUUUAUCAAUAUCUAAAGCUUCCGUUUAUGUAAUGAAAUUUUACCCACAAAUUGCAUUCCAUUUCUGAUUUCAAACAAACAUUCGUCAAAAGGGAAAAAAAAUUGAGGAACAUAUAAAGCAUCAAAUGGGGGAAGAAAACGAGGCCUGCAAGUCUAACCCCGAACCAGAUGCGAGCAGCAGCAGCGAAGAAUCCGAAGUGAUAUUGAAUGUAUAUGACCUUACACCUGUAAAUCAGUACUCUGUUUGGUUUGGUUUUGGGGUCUUCCAUUCUGGCAUUGAAGGAUCUGUGAAUGUACAUCUAAAGCAACAUGCACAUGAUGCAUGCUUGUAUAUCUGGAUAAAUGCAUCACUUCCCUUAGUUCAUGGUAAGGAAUAUGGUUUUGGAGCACAUGACUUCCCAAUCAGUGGAGUGUUUGAAGUGGAGCCUAAGAGUUGUCCUGGUUUCAUUUAUAGAUGUUCUGUCCCUCUGGGUCAUCUUGACAUGCCUCCCUCUGAAUUUCGUACAUUUAUUGAGGGUGUAGCUUCUGAGUAUCAUGGGAACACCUAUCACCUCAUUUCCAAGAACUGCAAUCAUUUUACAGAUGAUAUCAGCAAGAGAUUGUUAAGGAAAGGGAUUCCUGGAUGGGUGAAUCGGCUGGCUCGGCUAGGUGCUUUCUGUAGCUGUCUUCUUCCUGAAAGUCUACAAGUAUCAACUGUAAAGCAGCUUCCUGAAUAUCAUGCUGCUUAUACAGAAGAUGAUGGUAGUGGUUCUUCGUCUAGUGCAACACCACAUGAGCCAACAGAAAGUGAAGACGGAGAUCAAGAUAAGUUGCUACUACCAUCACUAGGUGGGGAUGUGGCGUUUAUAAAAGAGUUCCCGAGGUGAAAUUUGGUUGUCUGAUAGAAUGGUGAAGAAAGUAUUUGUUUAUUGAAGGAUUCCUCCAAUCAUUGUCGGUUGAAGAAACUUUGCGGACCAUUGAGAGCUAAAUUUUACCGCUAAAAUUCUUGAUUUCAUGCUUGUUUGAUAUUGUGUUUUCAUCUUUCUUUGUUUUCCCUCACUGCUGUUUCUUUUAUCAAACCUAAGAAUUGUGCCCAAGUAGCAGAUACAUUACCAGAGCUUUUUUGGAGCUUUUGGAAAACAUUAUGUAGAAGUUUCUUGCUUGAGAAGAUGGGGAUGGCAAAAACUGCUCGAAGGAGAUGGUUUUAAGAUGCUUUGUUUGAUGUUCUGAAUUGAGUUGCUGCAAUUUGGUUCCCUCAAGAUGGGAUAUCUGUUUCCUUGCAUACUGAAUCUCUGUUAAUGAGUUUUCUUCAUUGUAUGUCUUUCGUGUAUACAUCAGAACAGAACCUAUUUUUUUUGUAUAUUUUUGCAUUCAGAUCAAUCAUACUUAUAUUGUAUCAUCAUCAUCAUCAUCUUUAUCUUUGUAUUACUUCCAUCUAAGAGCAGACAUUUGAAAUUUUGCUCCUUU